AGAAAGUAGGCCUCUCGAAAAUCUUUCAAGCCUUCUUCCAAGCAAUCAUAACAUGAACAUUGAAAUUUAUUACUAUGAUGGAGACAAUUUUGGGACUUAGAGGCAGGGAUUUCGUCAUGCUAACCUCAGACACUGUUAGGACAAAGAAGAUUAUGGUGCUGAAUGAUGAAAAGUCAAAAAUUCAACGACUUACCAAUUUCUCGAUGAUGGCAGCAGCGGGCGACGCCAGUGACUCAUUGCAGUUUACAGACUUCAUUGUUCGGAACAUGCACCUCUACAAGAUUAUCAACAGCUACCAUAUGAGCAUCCCAGCGGUGGUGCACUUUACCCGCACCCAUCUGGCAUCUUUUCUGCGGUGUGAUACCCAACGCCAGUUGAACCUCCUGCUGGGAGGGUUUGAUCCAUGGACUGGGCCGGAGUUGCACUACAUCGAUCGCUUUGGUUCGUCGACAGCGAUCCUUUUCGGGGGCCACGGUGCCGGCAUUAAAUUUUGCGGUCCCAUUUUCGAUACAUUGCACUCUCCUUACAUGGAUCAAAGGGAAGCCUACUGUAUCUUAGAGAAGUGCGUGGGAGAAAUUCAAAGGCGACUGUGGAACCAACGGAAUUUCGAUGUAUUCGUGAUGGACCAGCAAGGUAUCACCCAGUGGGAAACCAUCAAGCUGCAGUCCUUCAGAAAAGAACUACUCCUCAAAGAUCGCCGCAAAGUGGAUUCUUAAAUCUAGUUUUUGAACGGAGUAGAUUUAGUAUGUUUCUUAUUACUAAAUUAUCCAUUUUAAUAAUUCCAUGUAUGACAAAAUAUCUAUUAUUUCCUCGAUUAUUCCAAGUUUGUCCAUGGAAAUUUAAUUUGACAAAUUUACAGACCCCGAAGAUAGUAGAGUAUAACCAAUUAUUUGGCAAAAUCGGUUUAAAAUUUAAAAAAAAUUUAAUUUAACUAUUUUUCAAUACAGUUGUUCAGUUAGCCAGA